CUUUAGUUCACUUGGCUAUGUUCAGUCUGCCUCCAAGAUUAACUCUUUUAGUUCCUUCUUUAGAAACUAAAUACAGUCUUGAUCAUGGAUAUCAGCCGUUAUUCCUUAGAUUCGUCGCCAACAAGCCCAAGCAACCAUCCGCUGGAGUCCCCAGAACCCAAGCGACGCCGACUAGCCCCUCCCUUCCAGCUUGACGGACAGUCAAGCGAGGCGGCAUCCAUCGAUCUGACCGAGACUGAUGAGGUGUCGGAGAUUUCGAAAACACAGGCCAAACAGCGCGCAGAUGCUAUUCUUGCACAACAGUCGCUUGAAAAUGGUGCUGAAUCAAUCUUUGCUGCUUAUAAGUGCCCUGUGUGUAUGGACACUCCCGUGGAUGCUACCAGUACUGUGUGUGGACAUCUCUUUUGUCACAAAUGCAUUACCGAUACACUAAAGUUCAGCGAAGAACGGUCAGACUCUACCAGUAAAUCCCCGAAAGGCACUUGCCCAGUAUGCCGAAAGCCUUUGUCACGGAACGACGUCGCAGGACCGAAACGACACUUGAUACCUUUACAGAUCAAGCUACUGCGGCGGAAGAGGAAUGUAGGGAAUACUUCAGCCGCAUGAGGGAGCUUUUGUCUGGUGAGGUUACCAGAGCGGAGUAUGAAACCCCGGGCAAGGUACCAGAGCGGAGUAUCAAACUGCGCAGACCUUGCGAACCCGUCACCGAACCUGAUAAUGAACACUAUCUGACGACUACAUGCGUUGCUCGGUGUACGACAUGACAUGGCGCAUUGAGCAGGGGCUGUC